GUCCUGGGCGAGCGGGCGCCGUGCGCGUGUCCCGCGGCCGAGCUGCUAAUAAAGUUGCGCUGUGGGCAAGCGCAGCUACGGCGCCGGGAGAGCGCGCGCCGGCAGCCCGACUUGAACCAAUGCAAGAAGCUUAUGGCACUUAUGAAGAUAAAUGUCACUCCUCCCUUUUUAAUUGGAACUUUUGUUUAGGACUUGUAUAUGACUUUUCACUUGUGAUCUGACUUUGAGUUGCAGGAAGGUUUCUGAAGAUUUAAAUCAAAUGACGUCAAUGGCCAGCUUGUUUUCUUUUACUAGUCCAGCAGUAAAGCGAUUGUUGGGCUGGAAGCAAGGUGAUGAAGAGGAGAAAUGGGCAGAAAAGGCAGUCGAUGCUUUGGUGAAAAAGCUAAAAAAGAAAAAGGGUGCCAUGGAGGAACUGGAGAAAGCCUUGAGCAGUCCAGGACAGCCAAGCAAAUGUGUCACAAUUCCCAGAUCUUUAGAUGGACGCCUGCAGGUUUCUCACAGAAAAGGCUUGCCCCAUGUUAUAUAUUGUCGUGUUUGGCGCUGGCCUGAUUUGCAGAGUCAUCAUGAGCUAAAGCCAUUGGAUAUUUGUGAAUUUCCUUUUGGAUCUAAGCAAAAGGAAGUUUGUAUCAACCCAUACCACUAUAAGAGAGUGGAGAGUCCAGUCUUACCUCCAGUAUUAGUGCCUCGUCAUAAUGAAUUCAACCCACAACACAGUCUUCUGGUUCAGUUUAGAAACUUAAGCCACAAUGAACCUCACAUGCCACAAAAUGCAACGUUUCCAGAUUCUUUCCAUCAGCCCAACAACACUCCUUUUCCCUUAUCUCCAAAUAGUCCCUACCCUCCUUCCCCUGCUAGCAGCACAUAUCCCAACUCCCCAGCAAGUUCUGGACCAGGAAGUCCAUUUCAGCUCCCAGCUGAUACUCCUCCUCCUGCAUAUAUGCCACCAGAUGAUCAGAUGGGUCAAGAUAAUUCCCAGCCCAUGGAUACAAGCAAUAAUUUGAUUCCUCAGAUUAUGCCCAGUAUAUCCAGCAGAGUCUCCGGACGCACAGGCUCAGCGGCCAUGGCUCAUGGGCCCAGCCGGCUCCGUGGCAUGUGGAAUCUUCCUGGACCGGGGCACGAACCCGUGUCCCCUGCAUCGGCAGGCGGACUCUCAACCACUGCGCCACCAGGGAAGCCCUAUGUACAGCCUGUUGCCUAUGAAGAGCCCAAACAUUGGUGUUCAAUUGUCUACUAUGAAUUAAACAAUCGUGUUGGGGAAGCUUUUCAUGCAUCUUCUACUAGUGUGUUAGUAGAUGGAUUCACAGACCCUUCAAAUAACAAAAGUAGAUUCUGCUUGGGAUUGUUGUCAAAUGUUAAUCGUAAUUCAACAAUUGAAAACACUAGGCGACAUAUUGGAAAAGGUGUUCAUCUGUACUAUGUUGGUGGAGAGGUGUAUGCAGAGUGCCUCAGUGACAGCAGCAUAUUUGUACAGAGUAGGAACUGCAACUUUCAUCAUGGCUUUCAUCCUACCACUGUCUGUAAGAUUCCCAGCAGCUGCAGCCUCAAAAUUUUUAACAAUCAGGAGUUUGCCCAGCUUCUGGCUCAGUCUGUCAACCAUGGAUUUGAGGCAGUAUAUGAGCUCACCAAAAUGUGUACCAUUCGAAUGAGUUUUGUCAAGGGCUGGGGAGCAGAAUAUCACCGGCAAGAUGUUACCAGCACCCCAUGUUGGAUUGAGAUUCAUCUUCAUGGGCCUCUUCAGUGGCUGGAUAAAGUCCUCACUCAGAUGGGCUCCCCUCUAAACCCCAUUUCUUCUGUUUCAUAGUGCAGAAGUAUUCUUUUUCAGUUACAUUAUUAGUGGACUUGUUUUAAUUUUAGGGAAAAUUUCAGUACAGAUACUGUGAGCUUACAUGGAAAACAGAUAAUUACAGCUUAUUUUUUUUCUACAUAAUUGUGACCAAUACAUUUGUUUUUGUGAUGAAUCAACAUCUGUUUGUAUUCAUGUUGAUGUGAUUAACUCUCAAAAGUGUUGUGAAAGAUGCAGAGUGAGUAUUGUGCCCCAGUUCAGAAGUUUGGCAUUGAUCUUAAACUGGAACAUACUUUUUCCUCAUUGUCCCAGCAGUUUUUUUAUUUGUUAAAUUUUUUUGGAAAAGUAAUACAUCACAUGAUGAAAAUUAUAACAGUAUAAGAAGGUGUUCAACGAGAGUCUUCCGUUCUAUUCUUGAUUCUCCAGAAGCUGUACUUUUACCAGUUUCUUAGUCCCACCAACUUUAAAAAAGUGUAAUUCAUUGUUUUAUAAAAGCAUAUGGUAGGGGCUUAAAAGAAACUAUAAAAAAAAAAAAGUCUUUUAUUUGAAGGAACACUGCCCUGCUCUAACAGGUAGUGUUCAGUAAAAGCCAAGUGAUAGUUUUCUAAGUGACAUAAAAUUUACAUUUAAUACAGCUAAAUGUUUGUCAGUGUAUUGUGACUUCACUCAAUAUUAUCUUUUGUAAAAUAUUUCCUUUUUUAAAAAAAACUUAUUGCAAACAACGGAUCUCCAGUAUAUGUCAUUUACUCAAAUCUGUCAUAAGUACUAGUUAAUAGCUAGUGACAGUGCAUGCACGGCCUUGUUCAGCUGUGUUUGCUGCUUUUGGCCAAUGUUGCAAGAAUUCUAAUUUUGACAUGCAUUAAUCUUUUAUUUUGCACUUUGAUGGGUGACAGUUUUUAGAGUAACCUUUUGUGAAACACACUCAAGUGACUUGGACUUACAUGUUCAUCCUUGCUUCCUUGGUACCCCUUUUGUAUUAAACACUGCAAUUUAUAGAUUACAGUUAUAGGAAGUUAUGCUUUUUCUAGCUUUUGUUGUAUUUUCAACCUAGAUUAUAAGACUGUUAUUCUGUAGCUCCAAUUGAAGGUGCCUUGUUAAUUCCCUGCAGGAUGAUAUUAAUGUUGGAAAAUCAUGUACUUCAUCCCAUUGCUUUUACUUGCAUCUGUUUCCCCAUGCAAGGACCUGUGUCCUGUAGCCAUAGGAGCCUCUUCAGUCUGGCCUCAAGGAUGAGGCCACCUGUCUGAUGCUUAAAUGAAUUGAGCUAGCUGAUUUGAAAACAUUCACAUAUCAAAGAAUACAGACUAUUCUCUCAGUUACCAUGGGUGCUCUUUUUCCAUUUUUUUUUUUUAGCACCUAUGUAGAUACUAGUCUCCACAAUCCUCAGAGAGGAAAGACAUGAAAAAUCUAAAAUAUUCAUUUAAUCAGUCAUGCUUAAGGGCUUUGAGUAAAGGACUCUUAACCUCUUUUUCUAGGGAGUAGUCAAAUGGACACUUAGUUAUGGCAUGAAGAACAAAUACAUUAUUUUGGAAAAAAAAUCACCUAACUUACCUAUUAGAAGAAGCUUAUUUUCCAGUGCCUUUUAAAAAUAUGUGGAGCCAUGUCAGUCUUCUGUUUAAAAUGUUAGUUUCAUUUGACUUUCUACUUUGCCCUUUCUGCUCUUAUGAGGAAAAAAAUGCAUUUUUUGAGGAAAGGAGAAUGCAGUUCCUUUUGUUUUCCAUAACAUUAUUUAUUGCUUUUAUAAAGUGCAGCCAAUGGAUGGUUUUAGUUCUCUCAGAUGAAGUGCCAUAUGUGUUUCAGCUCACAGUCCUUUGCUAAGUAAAAGGAAACUUUCUGACAGUCACCUGAGCCUUAAACGUAAGUUUUACAUGACAUGCAUUCUCAAUCUUCCAGAAUUGUGUCAGCCACACAAAAGAGGUUUAUUUGCUUAGUGAUAGAACUUAGCUAUUUACAUCAUUCUUUUACUUAGCAGGCUCAUGGUACAAUCUUUGGAACAAAUUUGUAGAAUAACUACCUAGGUUGACUGGCAGAUAGAUACAUGUAAUCAACUUCAGUGGGCUUGAACUGGUGGAAACUAUUGAAUUGUUUUAUUGAUGCUUACAACUGAGUUAAUUAAAAAUUGUUUUUAUUCAUGUAACAGCCUUUGGAGUUAGCAAGAUUUUAUGUGAUUGGCUUUUUCUGUGUUUUCUCUAAGGAGCUGUGUCUCGAAUGACAGUACUGAAGCUAUUAACUGGUAAGAGUUUCAUGUGGAUGUAUAAUAAGCCUGUUGUAUUUCCUAAAAGUUGUUAACUCCACAUCCGUGGGUUUUAUAUGAAAACUUCAUUCAAUCCAGCUGGUCCUGUAAUUCCUGAGGAUGCUCAGUACAGGAAUGGAUGGGAAAUAAAAUUUAGCCAGUGAGAUUAAAAAAACUAAGUAAAAUUCUGCCAGUGAAAAAAGCACCUCUGAAAGAAACCAUUUCAUAAAAUUACAGUUUUUUUAAUUUAAUCUCCAGAAUGGUUUAUAGUCAAAUUUAUGAAAACAUCAUCACAACCAGAAUAAUCACAUUUUAUAGCAUGUACAACAUUUAAAUAAAUAUAUGCCAGCUGAAAAGACAGAGUCUGGGAAUAAUAAAAUUACAACCAGUUUGGUAAAUGCAAAAAGAGGAAUAGAAUCAAAAUUAAUCUCAGUAAUGUAUUAAAGCAACAAAAAGAUACUGACUGGAAAAAAAUAAGAGGUGCAUUUGACUAAUAUCUCUACAUAAUUACCUGGCUUACGUUUUGGAAUAUAAACUAGUAGGCAUGUUACUGAUCUACUGAAGUGAACGUUUUUUCUUUAGAGAAAAUUUAAGGAAGACAUCAAUCUAAAUGUCAAAUAUAUAUAUCAGACUAUAAAUCACUUUUUACAUUUUCUUGUUAUGUAAGUAAACUAUCAAUAUGAUAAUAGAAUUGUCUGGGUUUCUGAGGUGAAAUCCACAGUAAGAUUACUGUCAAUAGGUAGUUCAAUAAGUUAUACUUAAUAGUAUGGAAAGAGGGUGUAGCUAUUUUAUACUUUUCAUAACAUUUGAGAGUAAGACAUUCUUUUAGGAUGUAAAAUGAUCAGUAAGUAUUCAGAUCUGAAAUCUAUUGUUAAGAUAAGGACUGGGGCUCACAUUAUAUAACCUUCAGUAUUAUCUUAGAGUACCUGUGGGAAAGAGUUCCCCUGUAAUAGUGUUCUUUUAAAGGAGAAAGUUUAUACAAAAAUGAAAUCAUGCCAGUAGCAGAGAAACUCUAAAUUCAAGUUUGAUAGUACCUGUUUAAGUGUUGUAUUCUAUUACAGAGAGCAUCUACUAUACCAUUUUAGUUUCAUUUCUUUAUACUUUUUCUAGUUGCUUGCUUAAUAUUACUUUGGAUCAUUAUCACUCUCCCACUUAAAAUACAUUAAUAUCUUUUAUGCUUUCUGAAGAAGGAAAAAUCUUUAGAUAAUUACUAAAUUCAGCUUCCAGUGAUGAUUUAAAUUUUGGACCUAUUAACUUUUAAGAGGCUCAGAGCUCUUCCUUGUCUUAUUAGUUAAAUCCUCAAUCUCUCUGGUAGGAAUUAUGAAUGUGUGUCCUCAUUAUACCCAUCAACUAGAUAAGCAAGAAUCUUUUAAGGUAGUAGAUAGCCUGGUGGUUUUAGAAGUGUUUGGUGAUUUUUUUUUUUUUUUUUUUUUUUUGCGGUACACGGGCCUCUCACUGUUGUGGCCUCUCCCGUUGCGGAGCACAGGCUCCGUACGCGCAGGCUCAGCGGCCAUGGCUCACGGGCCCAGCCGCUCCGCGACAUGUGGGAUCUUCCCGGACCGGGGCACGAACCCGUGUCCCCUGCAUCGGCCGGCGGACUCUCAACCACUGCGCCACCAAGGAAGCCCCGUGUUUGGUGAUUUUUAUUGGCAGGAGUUUUCCGAAGUAUUGGUUUAUGGGCAUCUCCUCAGAUAUUCAGUAGGGCAGCUUUUUGGGUGGUAAUCUCAGGUUUGAUGCCUGUUUCCCCUGGAGAGUAGCAUUUUCCUCAUUAAAAGAGGUGGGACUGGGGAGGUUUACUUCUCACAGAAGAUGCAUGUAUGGAGAGAGAAUUUGAGGCAUUUCUUCUACGUAAACAAUUCUAUUCAACACCUGCUAAACAGAAAUUUAGCUAGUUCUUUGUAAUUCACUGGAUUGAAGUUUAGCAUGUCCUAAUUACAAGAGAUAAGUGUAUUUGUCAAGCCUUUGUUAUAUUGGAUUUUUCAUAAUAGAAACUUCUCUUCUAAAAUGCAGUUAUUAUAAUUGAGGUGUUACCCUAAAAUUGGAUGAUUUACAAAAACCAAUGAGAAGGAUUUUACAUAUCAAUUUUUUAAAAAAAUAAGAGCUUAUGCUGUAAUAUUUGCUGGUAGCAGUUGCUGUAAAACAAGUGAUGAAUUGUUUUGUUAAAAAGAUCUAGUCUCAGAGCAGGAUUCUUCUGUUAUUUAUGACAGAGUGAAAAAGGUUUGUGGGGUUCUCGUCCAAAUAGUUCAGUUCUUAAAAUUCCUAAAAUCGUCAUAAACCAUUGUCCUUUAAGGAUUUAUUUGAAGAUAACAUUUUUAAAAGUUUGAAAUUUUGUGUAGAGGUAGAUUUUUUUUUUUACCCCAUUGAUAGAUAGUGCCUUCUUAAUACUAGCUGGUGUUAGCUAUAACAAAACUCCAGUGAGGCCAAACAAGCCCAAGUAAAGAAGAAAUCUUUUAGAGUCAGAUUUUCCCUUCUAAUACCAUUGGAGAUGAUGUUGCUUUGGUUUAUUCAUAAAGUAUUUUAACUGUAGGGACUCUUGGAGAUAAUAGUUGGGCAAGUGCUUUUCUUUUCAAUGUGGUUGGUUAAAGUUGCAUUUUGAAAAUCACUUAUGUUAAAAUUGGGUAGGACUGUAAUCAUGAAAACUGGGUAUUUGUAUGUAAUCCUGCCCAUGUUCUCUUAAAAAUAUAUUUCAUAUGCAGAUGAUAAAGACCAAAUCACUGGCUGCACUCUAGGUCUGCUUCUUACUUGUACUUGUUCUCCUUCUGUUUAUG